CGCCUACCGACGAUGAGUCAUCGUUCGUCCAAUGGUAAAAAGCAGACCAUUGACGUCACGUAAGUGAAUUGUUGAUGGGAAAAGUGUACACAUUUUUGUAAUGGCUGGUUUCGUCGAAUUCUUUCAGAAAGGGAAGACAUUUCGUCCGAAAAAGAAAUUUCAACCAGGAACUUUACGAUAUUCUCUUCAUAAGCAUGCCCAAGCAUCACUCAGUAGUGGAAUAAAUUUACGUGAAGUUGUAAAACUUCCACCUGGAGAAGAUCUGAAUGACUGGCUCGCAGUUCAUGUUGUAGAUUUUUUCAACAGAAUAAACAUAAUCUAUGGCAUUAUAAGUGACCACUGUACUGAACAGUCUUGUCCAACCAUGUCUGGUGGUCCAAAAUAUGAAUACAGAUGGGCAGAUGGCUGUAGGUAUAAAAAACCAACUCCUUUUCCUGCACCACAAUAUAUCACUCUUUUAAUGGACUGGGUAGAAACACAAAUAAAUAAUGAAGAAAUAUUUCCAGUAACUGUUGAUAUUCCUUUCCCAAAAACAUUUGUACCAACUUGCAAGAAAAUUCUCACAAGACUUUUUCGUGUUUUCGUUCAUGUUUAUAUUCAUCAUUUCGAUAGAAUAUUUUCUCUCGGAGCUGAACCUCACAUUAAUACUUGCUACAAGCAUUUCUAUUAUUUUAUAAGAGAAUAUGAUUUGGUCAGUCCAAAGGAGUUAGAACCAUUAGCAGACAUGACAAAAAGAAUAUGCAGAGAAACUUUCUCUCGAUAUAGAUGAAAAAAUAAAGUUUGUCAAAAAUAUCAUUGUAUCUAUUGUAUAGUUAUCAGAAAGAAAUAUUACUACUUGCUAAAAUAUGUUGCUGUUCCAAUAUUCAAAGAAAAUAUAUCGGCAUUUUUGCUCUAAUAGAAUUAUUACUAUUACAAAUUAAAUAUGUUCAAAUGCUGAAAAGCUAAUAACCUGUAGAAAUAUAAUUUAUUAACAUUGUGAUAUAUUUCCAGUGAUAACGUUGUGAUUGGAAUGUUUAAAAAAUGAAAUUUAGAUAUUCAUAUUUUUAUCAUCAAUAU